GUAUUUUCUUGCUACUUAAAUUUUCAAAAUACAUUAGAGAUAAGACCGAAGGAAAUACUUUCUUCUGAUUCGUCAAUAUAUUCUGCCAUACUAAUUGGCGGUUUAAAUUUUCGACCAAUCACACAAAAGAAGAAAAAACAGGACAAGCAACCUAACACGUGGUAUUAGCUAACCUAUUUGGAAUGCGUUGAAAAAAGAUAUCUAUUGAAAAUUUUUAUAUUGUUAAUAUGGGAAAACAGAAGAGGCAAAGAACAAAACCCCAUAAAGAAAAUCCUACUGGCCUUCUAUCUGUUAAGGAUUUUGAAGCAGAAGAAGAUGAGUAUGAUGUCAACGCGGUUUCAAGACCUGCUUUACAGACAGUAUAUGAAAAAGUACAGUCUCCUAAUGUUGAAGAAAAACUAUGCGGAUUGCAAACAUUGGAGUCAAUGUCUUGUGAUUCGACAUUUGCUGCACAGAUUGCAAAAGAUGAAAUUGCUAAAAUGAUAGGACCACUACUCAUUGAUCCAAAUGUAGUUGUAAGAGCAUACAGUGCUAGUGCUUUAAGGCAUAUUGCAGAUAAUGGAAAAACAGAAGCACAUGCAAGUUUAUUAAAAGAUGAUAUUAUGACUCCCUUAUGUACCUUAUUGCAGAAAUAUUAUACAGAAUGGCAACCAAAAUCUGACCAGAGUGAGAGAAGUAAAUUUAAAGAUGAAGAGAAUGCAUUUAUCCAAGCAGUCACAUUAUUAUGGACCUUAUGUGAAUAUAAUGAAUCUGCAGUCAAAAUUGCUAAUGAAGCAGAUCUUAUUUCAGUUUUAACCAAAUUUUUUGAUAUUAGUAUUUAUGGUAUAGAAAUUGCUACAAUUACUGUACAAUGUUUAUUGGCUUUGUCUGAAGAUAAUCCCACUGCUAUUCAAAAACUUCAAAGUUGUGAAAGCACGAUUUUUCAAUUGUUAGAUCUGGAUCCAAAGAGUGAUUCCAUUACUGAAGUACUUUAUCUUAAAACUGCUGUCAGUGGAUUAAUAAUUAAUAUAAUUGACUUUAUGGAUAGUAAUUCAGCCAAUAUAGCCAGCAAAGUGAUACAUACACUUUCUAAUACACUCUCCAUUGACUGCAAACAGUUGUUGUCCAAUUUAACAUCAAUUUUACCACAUCAAAAGAAUGAUUACUCAGAUAAAGCAAAGAAGAAAGUACAGGAAAGCAGAAAAGUUUUAAGUGCCCAGCAACAAGCAUUAGAAAUUUUGGCUAAUUUAUGCACUGAAGAUCAAGAAAAUAAUGUUGAUGAUGAUUCCAGUACAGAUCAUUCAGAUCAUGAAGCUGAUGAUGUGGAUGACGUUUGUAUGGAUGAUAAGUCGCGUAGUAAAAUCAUGUUCACAGUACCACUGGAAAUAAUCGAAGUUUUCAAUAAUUGCAGUAUAUUAAAGAAAGUGUGGGAUAAAACUUCAACUGUAGAUAAAGAUACCGUAGAAAUACUAGAACAAAAUGCCGAAGGAGAAGCUGUUUUAAAGCAAAUGCAUACAUUAAACUGCAGAGCUUAUUUGUGUUUGAAUAAUCUAAUGUCAUGUUUGGAAAUUGAUGCACUUGGUGGUGCGGAAAAUAUAUAUAGAAUGUGGAAUAAUAUUGGAACAGUUGUUUUCAAAGAUGCAAAUCCAACUGACACCGAAUUGUUAGAAUCCGCUACUGCAGCCAUGAGGGCCGCCCUUGAAAGAUUAUCCGAUGCAGAAAUAAAUGUUUUUAAUCAAUUAACAUUAACUGAUAUUCAACCAAUGUUAAAUGGAGAACGUCAAUGCCAAGAUCCUAAUGUCCGAGUAAAUUUGCUACGAAUAUUAGGAAAUUUAGCUUUGGUUUUAAUGAAGAAUAAUACUUCUGAUGCGAGUGAACUAAUUAAACAUAUAUCUGUAUUUUUACUAGACACUUGUGUGAAUGAAUCAAAAGUCUGGGUUAUGGCAGAAUGCUUAGAUUCCAUAAUGGACAUAUACGCGGAAGAUGAUACCGAUAAAGCAGCAAAUGAAAUCGAGUUGCUAGAAAAAUUACGAGCUCUAGUGCCACUUUUUAAAAAUAAGAUGCGACAACAACGGAAAACCUUAGGAGAUAAUGUUGCAGUAGUGUCUACAGUAAAUACCAAUAUCACGAGGUUUAUAAAAUAUAAGGAAAAACGAAUGAAAAAUAUUUAGACGGUUUUUCUAAUGCAAUGUUAGUACAUGGAUGUACUGCAAUGAUAUUUAAGCUUUAUAUAUAUAUUAUUUGUAUAAAAUAUUUUUAUCUAUACUAACAAAAAAAAGAUAUAUAAAUAAAUCUUAUAAAUAAAACUAUCGUCUUCAAUUCUUAAAAUGUUUCAACGAUUCUCGUACAGAAGGAACAUUAUGAAGGUAGUAAAGUUUUCAGACUUUAUUCUGCAUCAAUAAAUAACGAAAGACUAAAUAAAUUGGAGACAGAUACGAUAAAAGUUUCAUCUUUUGUAAGCAGGCUCCAAGUACAUAACACGCAUACUUAUGUUUGUUAACCCUUUGAGGUAUCUACAAAGGAAGGUACGUUGAAAAAGAAUUAUUAUACGUUUAUAAUAAUCGUUAUUGACAAUGGUGCUUCAAAGGGUCG